AUAUAAAUACUGGGACUUGUGCCGUUUUAACUUUUAGUCGACAUUUCUUGUGAAGACGUAGAGGUGGAUACAUUACGCUCUUAACUCCAGGUAAUCAGCCAUGGCCCGUACCAAGCAGACCGCCCGUAAGUCCACCGGAGGCAAGGCUCCGCGUAAGCAGCUGGCCACCAAGGCUGCCCGUAAGUCCGCCCCCUCCACCGGAGGCGUGAAGAAGCCCCAUCGUUACAGGCCUGGUACUGUCGCUCUUCGUGAGAUCCGUCGUUACCAGAAGUCCACUGAGCUGCUGAUCCGCAAGCUGCCCUUCCAGCGUCUGGUUCGUGAGAUCGCGCAGGACUUCAAGACUGAUCUUCGAUUCCAGAGCGCCGCUAUUGGUGCCCUGCAGGAAGCUUCGGAGGCUUACCUUGUUGGUCUGUUUGAGGACACCAACUUGUGCGCUAUCCACGCCAAGCGUGUCACCAUCAUGCCCAAGGACAUCCAGCUUGCCCGACGAAUCCGUGGCGAGCGUGCUUAAGCGCAACUCUACACUUAAGUGCUCACUCAAGACAUAACCUCCUAAGCUACAUACUGCCAUGGACUAAGUGAAUGUUUUAGUUUACGUUUCGGCAUGUCAUUUCUCCUGAAUUGACUUGAAGUGCUGGUGCGUGUUACAUGCGGCUAGCACAAGUUUUUUACUGUAAGAUAUGUAACUUUGGGCAGCUUUUACUGCUCAUUAGUGAAGAAAUUGUGAGGCAAGAGUUUCUAAUUUAUUUUGUGUGUACAGCAUUGUUCAGAACUGUGUAUUCAACCAUAAGUGAGUUUUGUUGUUUUUUAAUGUUUGUGGAUUUUUGUGAAAAAAAUUCUCAGUAAACCAAAUAAAAAGUACGAAUACGGACUUGGCAAGGGAUACACAGCUCUGUUGUAGGUUAUGUGAUCACAAAUAAUAUUCCAAAGUACAAGAAAUCAUCAGUUUUUCUGGUCCGGGAGCAAACUGUCAUUUGUAUUUGUCGUUGAUGUCGAGGUCAUCUCGUGUUCAUGAUCUUACGUUAGUUAGUAGUGGGAAAGCCUUUUUAUUACCUUUUUUAGUUAUAAGUCUUAUGAUCUGUCUUUCCACGAGGUGUUGCGAGCCUGUGUAAGAAAUUACCCCGUGACACUCUAUCCUUUUUAUUUUGGCAUUGGGCCUGCACACUGUAGGUAAACACCAAAAAUAAACUUCUAACAUUUAA